UCACUUCAAAUGCUGCACAGCACACACAUGUGGGUUUUGUAUGUGGUUUUUGCAUGGAUCUUGAGCCAAGUGGCGGCCAAUUCCGACGAGAACACUAUCCGGUUAUAUGCCAAGCUGCUCACUACGCGAGAGCUGAUUGAUAUCGGGUCCAUAUCUGUUGAUGAGAAAUCAAAGGCUCAGUUCAUAAGCAGUGAAAAAUCUUUUGGCGAGGGGGAAUUCUGCGUGGGGACGGCCGAUGUGGCACACCACGAGUGCUUCGCAGUCGCCAGUGGCCCAUCCAUCGCAACCGGGGUAUUUGUGGUACAAUUGGAUCAACUUAAGCACAUUGGCAGCAUCUCACUCCAAAACGACGCCAGCACCUCGUCCCGCGUGGCGGUGAAGAGCGCCAAAGUGGUGCCAGCCCCCAAUCUAAAGCCCAGCACCAAGCCACCGAAACCCCAGCCGGAGAUCCGCAGAGUCAAGCAAACUACAACCGAUAGCACAGGAGCCACGGUGGAGGUAGAGGUAGAAGUAGAGGAAGAGCCCAAAUCAUGGAUCCAGAAAAACUGGAUGUAUGUGGUGCCACCGUUGUUGAUUUUGUUUGUGGUGCUAGGUGACGACGACAAGAAAUAACUUUGGUAUAUUGUAAUGAAUAGUACAACGAAACUG